CUGCAUUUUUAACUUCUAAAUAGGAAUAUUUCUCUGAAGAUCAAUUAUUUCUGAAUAAGUGGGUAACGCUGCUACUUUAUGAAGAGAUUGUCAAAACGCGUACGGCAAGGCGGCCAACGCGUACUCCGCUUUACUGGAUUAUUUUUGGACUAAAUACCUAGCUACAAAAUAUGAGAUUAAAAACAAUCAAGUUUUUGACAAAGGCUCAUAGAUCAGCUUAUUAUUUGGAUCGAAGAUAUGUUUCCAAGUUGUCACCUUUGGCUCAAAUAUUCAACACAAAACCAACACCUUCUAGAAGUUUCAAACUUGCAAAUGUGGGAUUAUUUCAAGUUCCAGAUUUAAGUUCUCCUGAAGGUUUUUAUGUUUUACAAGAAAAUGCCACUGUUCAAAUUGAAAAACUUGUUAAAGAAAUCAUCAAGAAACAACGCAGUCGAAAACUAGUUGUCAUUUUUGAUGAAUUGUCAAAUUGCAUAUGCAAGGUGGCUGAUUUGGCAGAUUGUGUCCAGACAAUACACCCUUGUACUAAGUUUGCAACCGCUGCUGAAGAUUGUAGGUACAGACUUUCUGGUCUAAUAGAAGAAUUGAACACAAAUACGGAUAUAUAUGAUGCGUUAAAGAGAGUGAUAGAGGAGGGAGAUAUAAUUCAAACUGAUGACAUAGACCACAGAGUAGCUGAAUUAUUCCUGUCUGAUUUUGAACAGAGUGGUAUUCAUCUCCCUGAAGAAAAGCGUAAGAAGUUUGUUAGAUUAAACGAAGCAAUAAUGGUAUCAGAAAGACUUUUUUUACAAGGUUUAGAAAAUCCAAGUGUUUGUUUGAAAUCCAACUUGCCAGAUCAUUUGAAAAAUGUUUUCAGUCUAGAUGGUGAUAAUGUGAUGAUGUUUAGUUCCUAUUCUGAACAUUAUAAUGAUGAUGUACGAGAAGCAGCUUAUAAAGUAUAUCACCAGCCAGAUAAAACUCAAUUAAAACGACUAGAUCAUUUACUCUAUAACAGACAUCAGUUAGCACAGUUGGUUGGUUUUCCAUCCUACGGCCACCGUGCUGCCAGAGGCACAAUGUUAGCAACACCAGAAAAAAUAAUGGAAUUUUUAGAUCUUGUUAGUGCUAAAGUUAAGCCAAGUGCAGCAGAAGACUAUCAAAAGAUAUUGGAAUUAAAAAGACAAAGUGGUUCAAAGGACAAGAAACUUAGUCAUUGGGAUCUAAGCUACUAUUCAGCAGUAGGUAGACAAACAGUAUUAGAUAUAGAUGUUAACCAGUUAGCACCCUAUUUCUCUAUUGGUACUUGUAUGGAUGGUUUAAACAAUUUAGUUCAAUCCUUAUAUGGUGUCACCUUGAAACAUGUUGAAAUUGGAAAAGGAGAAACAUGGAAUUUUGAUGUGUAUAAGCUGGAGGUUAUAGAUGAACAGAAUAACAUAUUGGGUUAUAUUUAUUGUGAUUUCUUUGAGCGAGUUAGUAAACCAAAUCAGGAUUGUCACUAUACAAUACAAGGUGGUUGUUUACGUUCGGACGGUACCGACCAGCUACCAGUUGUAGUAUUACAGUUAAAUUUACCAUCACCUCAUAGUACCUAUCCUUGUCUCCUGACACCGCAUAUGUUAAAUAACUUAUUCCAUGAAUUUGGUCAUGCCAUGCAUUCUGUGUUGGGACGUACUAGAUACCAACAUGUCACAGGUACACGAUGUUCUACAGAUAUUGCUGAAGUACCGUCAAUAUUAAUGGAAUAUUUCAUGUCUGAUCCACAAGUAUUAUCAACGUUUGCUAGACAUUAUAAAACUGGGGAGAAACUAGAUUCUAAUAUCAUACAGAAAUUAUGUGAUUCUAAGUCACUCUUUUCUGGUUAUGAAACUCAGUUACAAGUAUUUUACUCUGCAUUAGAUCAAGUUUAUCAUAGUCAAAUACCAUCAGAUACAACCAAAGUCUUGGCUGAAGUACAUACUAAAUAUUUUGAUAUUCCUUAUGUAGAAGGAACAGCGUGGCAACUACGUUUUGGACAUCUUGUAGGAUAUGGUGCUAAAUAUUAUUCCUAUCUUUUAUCAAAAGCUAUAGCUUCUACGAUUUGGAAUAAAUAUUUUGAAAAGGACCCUUUGAACAGAUCAAUGGGAGAGAAGUUCAGAUAUAAUUUUCUAGCUCAUGGUGGAGGUCAACCUAGUAAAGAUUUAGUACAGGGAAUGUUAAAUGAAACACCAACAAUAGAGACAUUAGUGGAUAGUUUGGUACCAGAUAAAACGCCAUGAUGAUGAAAGAAAACAUAAGGUUUACCAUUCUACCAUGAUGGUGAUAUGGAAUCUGUGUGGUUUAGAUUUAUAAGAACCUUUGUCUAUGCAACAGAUAUGUUCUUGAUCUAUCGUUGAAGAUGUGAAAGCGACAAUCCUUAUCUGUAAAGUCAACAGUAAUGACACUUUAAAUGGUAUAACAUUAACAUGUUGAUAAUGAUAUAGAGUGUGAAGCCAUACUUAUACUACUUGUUCACGAUUUAAAAUGGACCAAAUAAGUAUUUUGGCCUGCUAAAUGAUCUCAAUUGCAGCUAUCCAUAUUCCUUUGAAGAUUAAAAACCCGACACAUAGUUCUCCUGCAUUUGAGCCAUAAUGUUAUGUUAUGUGCCAAUAUUACCCCUAUUAUGACUUCAAAUUACCCCUAUAAUGACUUCAUGGAUUAUUAAGUAUUGUUAACUUGAAGAUAUUGUUUUUGAGUCAUUAAUGUAAUUUAUCAACUGUUGUUGUUGUUUAUUUAUAAAAAUUUGUCAUUUU